CUAAAAGACCGAGCCAAUCUCCUCAGACAAUAUAUAUAGUAUUAAAUUCCAGAUAUAAAAAGAUAAUAAGGGAGACAAUAACUAUUCAGGAGAGGUCCCAAGCGGUUAGCUAUGCGGCUUGUAGAGGGGAUGUCUCAUUUACUUUUUCUUUGUUCACUGCAUAAAUACCCCCAAGAUGCCUUCCCUCUGUCAAUUUUUCUCCCAUCACAAGCCCACAAACUCCUGGAUAGUCUGUGAAAGUGUUCUCGUUCCUUUAUAGUUAUCUUUCUAUCCUUUCGCGGUUUUACCAAUAUGCCCAACAUCGCGUUCAAUAUCGGUUUCAGAGUUCCUGGUAACCCAACCCUUUUUCCCUACGAGGCUAAUAGUGCGGAAUUCACCUACGUCGCAUCGGCUGCCAGCAUUGCCCGCGCCAUGUUUGCACAACCCCAAAUUAAACAAGGACUCACGCAGCUCGCACUCGAGUUCGACCAACAGACCUUGGGAUCGAAGUGGUUUCAUAAUAAUGUCCAUCUUGCUCAGCAGUGGGUGGAUUAUUUUGUCGGACACUUCCUCCAGGCCGAAUUUCCGCGGAUUGUUGUAGACUUUAAUAUAACCAACGCGGACUGUCUUGGAUACCAUCCUCGACUACCAUAGGAUAGCACACUUUAGGAGUUUCCUUUAAAUAAGCAGGGUAUUCAUUUGAACGGCACAAUACAUAUCUUCAACUAUCAAAUACUACAAUUCCCAAGCUAACCAAGCCUGCCCUGCAGAGAGUCCGUAAUAUAAUCAUUGCCGGAAAUAGUAACACUCUACAAACCAAUAGAAGGUUCCGGGACUUUCAAUUCGCUUUCACAACAACUUUCCUAUAUAAAGCUAAGCCUCACUUACUUAUUUUGUGCUUAGAUAGAGGACGUCCCAAUACUCCUCCAUUAAUAGCAGCUUCAGGGUUCGGUGACAACUUUAUUAGCAAGUUAGGCCGUUACAUUAAACGGAACGUGUUAGGAGGGACAACUAAGUUUUAUCGAGACAAAAAUCAGGAUAAUAGUCAGAUACAUAGAGCCACUUGAUAGAGAAGAAAAGGCAGUAAGCUAAGUUAAAUUUACUAGGCGGGCACGCCACACCAGCUUCGUAGUGACGGUUUAGCUUGGAAAAUCAAACAAGAAGUUAUUAACAAGCUUUGCGCGUAUGGUAAGUCAAAACACCCUUCUCAAACACUUGAACCUUCAUACACUAGUUAUCACUCAGUAUUAAUAGAUCAAAUUUCUCAUUUCUAUUUGAGGUUAUCUCACCUCCAGUAGACCCUUGUACUAUAGAGAGCAUAGGAAGAUAUUCUAUAAACCCCCCUCCCACUAGCUCGCACAACCAAAU